GUCAAAUGUCGACAUUGUCACUUACGUAGAUCGUCUAUAACCUAUAACGACUUUAUGUAUGCUCGGCAACAAAUUGUUUUUAUCGAAAUAGACAUCAAUUUAGCAACGAAAUGUCCAUAGUGUAGCGUAAUAUUAAGUUGUUAAAUAGCUUCUUAGGAUAAAGUUUUAUUAUAGUUAAAUAUAAGCUUCCGCUAGUGUCUUACAAAGAUGGGUAUUUUGGAGAAAAUAUCUGAGAUUGAGAAGGAAAUAGCAAGAACCCAGAAGAAUAAAGCCACGGAGUACCACUUGGGUUUGCUGAAGGCGAAGCUAGCGAAAUACCGGUCGCAGCUGCUGGAGCCGUCCAAGAAGGGCGGGGACAAGGGCGAGGGCUUCGAUGUGCUCAAGUCAGGCGACGCGAGGGUGGCGCUCAUCGGCUUCCCUUCUGUGGGCAAGUCCACAUUGCUGUCAACACUGACGCACACACACUCAGAAGCCGCCAGCUACGAGUUCACAACACUGACAUGCAUCCCUGGUGUGAUCGAGUACCGCGGGGCCAACAUACAGCUGCUCGAUCUGCCGGGUAUCAUUGAGGGUGCUGCGCAGGGCAAGGGUAGAGGACGACAGGUGAUAGCGGUGGCGCGCACAGCGGACCUGGUGCUGAUGAUGCUGGACGCCACGAAGCCCUACGUGCACCGCCAGCUGCUCGAGAAGGAGCUCGAGAGUGUCGGCAUCAGGCUCAACAAGGCCAAACCUAAUAUUUACUUUAAGCAAAAGAAAGGCGGCGGUCUCUCGUUCAACUCGACGUGUCAGCUCACUAAGGUGGACGAGAAAAUGGUGCAAAUGAUCCUACACGAAUACAAGAUAUUCAAUGCUGAGGUACUGUUCCGAGAAGACUGCACGGCGGACGACCUGAUCGACGUGAUCCUGGCCAACAGGGUGUACCUUCCCUGCAUCUACGUGUACAACAAGAUAGAUCAGAUCUCCAUACAGGAGGUGGACAGGAUCGCUCGCGAACCCAACUCGGUCGUCGUCAGUUGCAACAUGAAGCUGAACCUGGACUACCUCCUGGAGACGCUCUGGGAGUACCUGGCGCUGAUCCGCGUCUACACCAAGAAGCCUGGCCAGCCGCCAGACUUUGAUGAUGGACUGAUCCUUAGGAAGGGUGUAACGAUCGAGCACGUGUGCCACUCGAUCCACCGCACGCUGGCCGCGCAGCUGAAGUACGCGCUGGUGUGGGGCACCAGCACCAAGUACUCGCCGCAGCGCGUCGGCGUCGCGCACACCGUCAACGACGAGGACGUUGUGCAGCUCAUCAAGAAGUAACUGUAAUUUUGCGGGCACAUCUAAAUAAACGAGCCUGUUUUCGGACCCUCUGAUAUCGAUGUGUGGUAUGUAUCUACAUUACUAUAAGUUUCUUAUGAGUUAUGAACAUACCUGUGCUAACUCGGGGCACGAACACUAAAGUGAUGGUACUGAGGGUGAUGUGUUUACAGUAAUACAUUAUUUCCAAUUCCAAUAUGCAAAUGCAUAAAUAUACGUCAGUAAACUUUAAUAAUAAACAUCAAUUUCUUUAGUAUUCGUGCGCCGAGUUAGCACAGGUAUGGUUAUGAGUUAUCAGCUGCCUAUUAUAUAUUCAUCUGUGGGUUGUCAUGCGAAUUGAUUUUUAAUCCAUGUUCGAUGGAUCAAUCAACGUCAACUAGUGUUUGAGGGCCAUUUUAUUUAAAAUUGUGAACUACACUGUCUUUAGGUAUUUUUAUGUCAGCUCUUAUAAACUAGCACAUUUAUUUAGCAACAAAAAGGCCACAAGGGCACUGUUACACGUCAAGAUGCAAUUUACAUACAAGGAGAAAAAAAGUGCCCAUAGAUUUUUAUUUCCAUUCCGUUACCCCUUUUAUAGACUGUAUGGCGGUAACGGAAUGGAAGAACGCAACCACUACUCAAAUCUAAAUCAAAGUGUAGUGUAUAACUUUUAAUAAAAUGGUCCUAAAUAGAUCUUUUUUUCGCUAGCCUAGUUUAGUGUCCCACUGCUGGGCACAGGCCUCCCCUCUUUCCUCCACUCAACCCUGUCGUUUGUACGAAAAAAAAACGUGAUUGGGAUCAAUUUGUAUGAUAUUUCUAGUUUCAAGUGGAUAAUGUAUAUUUGUUUUUUUUUUAUAUAUUGGCUGAUAACAAUUAAGAAACUGGUAGUACUGUAUAUCCCGAGUAAAUACAGAAUAUGUCACUAUUGUUCUGUAAUUUCUGUAUAUACUAUGGCACGCCUAAAGGUAUAAAGUGUAGUCAGAUUGUGUUAUUUUGGUUAACUGAAAUUGUAUAACUAGAUUGGACGCAAUAUCAUUAUGCCUUUGACAACUUUUACAGCAAUAAUGCUAUUAUUUUUAUAUAAAUUAUAAAAUUAGUCAACCCUAUGCGACUUUUGGGCGGUUUUAGUUUAAAUGUUUAUUCAUUGUUAUAAAACUUUAAAAGCAAUGUAACUUGGUGACUUUAAUUUAUUAAAAAUCUGGCAUCUGAAAUGCUAUCUUGUAAUGAUCAUUUUAUUUUAAUAGUUAAGAGCCUGACCAUGCUAUAAGGCUGCCUUUCUACUGACGCGGAGAUGAGAACAGACGUGCGGUAAUUAACCAAUAGCAUUGGUUCUCUUCUCCGCUUCCCUGGAUUAAGAAGAAGAAGAAAUACAUUUAUUUAACAUCUUAAUUGGGCAUAAAAAAAUAACACAAAUUACACAAACUAGAUGCUAAACAGGAUCCCCGCUCAGCAUAAUGCCACGGCAAGCCAUGACACUGAUUUUCAGUGGGUACCUGACUUAAAACUAAGCUACACCUAAACUAAAACUAAACGAGUGACAACACACACGUCAAACACAGAUUACAAAAUACCAACACAAUAAAAGAGGGAAACUACAAAAUGGAAUAAACACAUUAUGAAAUUACAACCAAUGCUAUUAGUUGAUUCUCACACGUCUCCUCUCAUCUCAGACUCAGUGGAAGGGCAGCCUAAGAGCGUUUUUACAUUCUCCGAUCGGAUAGAAGUAAAAUGUAUGACGUAUGUUUUUUUCUGUAUUCAUUUAAUAAAUCUGCUAUUUUUCUGCAGCUGACUGUACAUUAGCGUCUUGAUAAUUAUAGAGGCUUUGUUCAGAUAUUUGUGAACACCUUGGCCGCUCCGAUAUACAGGGUGGCUAAAAAAUAACUGCAUUCCCGUUGCCAGGGAGGUUUUGGGAUUAUACUGAGCAAAUUUUACUAUGGGACCAACCGCAAAUCGCGAAAAAAAGAAUUUGGCUGUUUCAUACAUUUUGGCUGGUCCAUUUUCUAUGGGAGGGUAAUUCUAUUUUUCGCGAUUUCGUGGUUCGUCCCAUAGUAAAAGUUACUCAGUAUAAUCCCAAAAUCUCCCUGGCAACGGUAAUGCAGUUAUUUUUUAACCAUCUUAUAUAAGUCUGAUGGACCGAUAUACAGGGUGGAAAGGCACGACGAUCCUUCCCGGAAGUAUUAGGUCGUUUAAGUGAUACAGAGACUAUUGGUAAUGGUAAGAAUCGUUAAUUGAGUAAAAAAUAAAAAUUGCAAAAAUACUACUUUUUAACUGUGGUGAUAACCCUAUAGCAUGUGCACAUGACGGCUAGAUUAAGGAUCUCCGUCGGGAAAGCUCGGGACUUUACACUUUUUUCCGAUCGUUGACAGUAUCGCAAUGAUGUAUGAAUGACGCAUAAAUGUCAAAUAAAUCAAAUGCAUGCAAAAAUAUUACAAACAAUUUUAUUACUUUCUUAGAUAAUUACUUUUUUCCAAUAUUUAAUACUAUCUUCUUUUCACAUACGGUGUUCAAAUGUACCUCCGUGUAUUACAACGCCGCCGCAGCCCGUACCCGAGUAUGUCGAUGCACAUGCGAUAUAGUGUAUGCUCUUCGUCAUUUAUCCUCCGCAGAAAGCACCAAUUAGCCUUUGUCUCAUUUCGUCCGCAGUUUCACAUUCCGUUUGGUUUGGUACACCAUAUCUUUUACACAGCCCCACAAAUUUAAAUAGCCACGAGCAUCUAACAUUUUUAUUUGAAGAAUAUGACAUUCAAUAAGUAUAGUUCAAUGAAAAUUUAAUUUCAAACAUCAGACGUCUUGUCUAUUUCCUACCACGCAAGAAGGUUUGUUAGUUUGGUAUUGAAGAAGUAUUUAUUCUUGAUUUAUUCUUAGUAUUUCAUUUUUGCAAGUUCAUUUGGUGCAACUAACACAACCUACAUGUAUUUUUUUAUUAUUUUAAAUAGUUUCCAAUUAUUCGAAAAUAAUUUUGUGAAACGUGUUAAGAAACUAAAACCUUUUUAUCAGUCAAGGAAACCAGAGAUAUUUAUAAGACGAUUGCGUACUUUUGAGUGGUUGUCAAUGUCACCAUUUGAACUGUCGUUGUAAACAAUGUUGUGGUUAGUAUUAUUAAUAUUAAGGAAUAACAUAACUAUUUCAUUCAAGUAUUGAACAAAUGGAACCACUAAGAAAGCGAAAAUCCUGCAAUGAUUCUUACCGUGCUGUAAGCAGACCUAAAAAUGGUUGGAUGGCAACAAAUUAGCAUAAUUUCCUGUCGAAUACUGAUUGUUUACAAGUAAGUUCAUUGACCCUGUCACCUGUUAGGGUUAGAACAAAGUAGUUUUUUGCGUGGAUGUUUAAAAGGUCAUAAUUUAGAAACGGUUGCCCAUAUUAACAUAGUUUCUAUGGAGAAAAUAUAGAGCUUAGGCUAAACUAUCUCCCAUUUCCGGAAAGGAUCGUCGUGCCUUUCCACCCUGUAUAUGCAAGAGCUAUCAGUUUCCACAAUAGCUAUUAAAAAUUAAAACACUGAGUCGAGUUCUAAAAGACUCGAGUGUUUAUCAACAAUAACUAAGUUUAUCGUCAUAUGAAUCCAACACAAGCAAUAAAAAUAAUCACGACUGUUCAAGAGUUAUCAUUGUUGUAUAUACUCAAUUAUAAUUUUGCAAUGGAAUAAAUAGUUUUUUAAAAGUG